AUGGAAACAACGGCUAUCCUUCUUUCCUUCCUUACCUUCUUCACCUUCAAUCUCGUCCUUCCAUCUUCUUAUGCUCAAAAUCACAGCGUCCUCACUUCAUACGAGAUCGGAGCGCUGACGUCCUUCAAACGGAGCGUUUUCAGCGAUCCACUUGGUGCUCUCGACGGCUGGGACCCGUCCACGCCGUCAGCUCCCUGCGACUGGCGUGGCGUUGUCUGUUACAACGACCGAGUUCGCGAGCUCCUCUUGCCUCGCCUCCAACUCGGUGGCCGACUCACGGAUCAGUUAUUCGACCUACGUGAGCUACGCAAACUAAGCCUCCAUUCUAACAACUUUAAAGGCUCCAUCCCUGACACGCUCUCUCAGUGCGCUCUCUUACGCGUCGUUUACUUCCAGUACAACUCACUCUCCGGAAACCUCCCGCUUUCCAUUUUUAACCUCUCCAAUUUACAAGUCCUAAAUGUAGCUCAUAAUUAUAUCUCUGGUAAAAUCACCGCCGUGAUUCUGCCGUCCCUUCGGUGCCUGGACUUAUCCUCAAACGAUUUCUCGGGGGAAAUGCCGCUCAAUAUCUCGACACAAUCUCAACUGCAACUCAUCAAUUUCUCAUACAACCGGUUUUCUGGUGAAGUUCCGGCGAGUAUUGGAAAAUUCCAGCAACUGGAGUAUCUCUGGCUCGAUUCGAACCAGUUGUACGGAACAUUGCCGUCGGCUAUAGCCAACAUUUCUUCGUUGAUACAUUUGAGCGCCGAAGACAAUAUGCUUCAAGGACUGCUUCCGGAAAGCAUUGUCGCGGUUCCGAAUCUUCAAGUGCUUGCUUUAUCCCGUAACGGAUUUUCCGGCACGGUUCCCGAAACCGUUUUCUGUAAACCAUCGGGGAACAAAACAGCGUCGUUGAGAAUCGUACAUCUAGGAUUAAAUGAAUUCAAGGAAGUUGUUAAGCCGCGAAAUAAUGGAAGUUGCGUUGCGGUUAUGGAGGUUUUGGACCUUCACGAGAAUCACAUCCAUGGCGUUUUCCCAUCUUGGUUUACCAGUUUGACCACGUUGCGAGUUUUGGAUGUUUCUGGAAACUUCUUUACCGGUUUACUGCCAGCCGAAAUUGGUAACCUUUUCAACUUACAAGAGCUCAGAGUGGCCAACAACUCGCUAACUGGUUCGGUUCCCAGUCAACUCCUACAUUGCAGUUCGUUAAAGGUAGUCGAUUUAGAAGGAAACCGGUUUUACGGUAAAUUACCUGUCGUUUUAAGUCGAAUGAGGAUCUUGAGAAGCAUAUCUUUGGGAAGAAAUCUAUUUUCCGGUUCAAUUCCGUUCGGGUUCGGGAGCAUUUCAGAACUUGAAACGUUGAACUUGAGUGGAAAUAACUUGACCGGAACCGUGCCGGAAGAUAUAAUCCGGUUGGGUAAUUUAACUACUUUAAAUCUCAGUGACAACAAAUUCUAUGGGGAAAUCCCUAAUGGGUUGUCGCACUUAUUUAGUUUGGUGGUUCUAAAUUUAAGUGCUUGCGGGUUUUCAGGGAGGAUUCCUGGGAAUAUUGGAAGUUUGAUGAAAUUAAAAUCUCUUGAUUUAAGUAAGCAGCAGCUUUCCGGUGAGUUACCUAUUGAACUUUUUGGGCUGCCAAGUUUGCAGGUCGUUGCUUUAGAAGAAAACAGGUUAUCCGGUGAUGUUCCUGAAGGUUUUAGCAGCUUGGCUGGUUUACAAUACUUGAAUCUUAGUGCUAAUGAAUUCACUGGUCGGAUUCCGAGUACCUAUGGGUUUUUGCAGUCACUGGCUGCGUUUUCGUUGUCCCACAAUCGAGUUUCGGGUAGGAUACCAGUGGAGCUUGGUAAUUGCACUGAUCUUGAAGUGCUUCAGCUUCGUUCAAAUCAACUAAAGGGUAAUGCACCAGGUGAUUUGUCUCGAUUAUCUCAUUUGAAAGAGCUUGAUUUAGGUUCCAAUAAGUUAGAUGGUGUAAUCCCAGAGAAAAUUUCCAAAUGUUCUUCUAUGACUACUUUGUUAUUAGAUGGAAAUCAGCUCUCAGGUACCAUACCAGAUUCAUUGUCAAAACUAUCCAACUUAACAAGUUUGGAUCUUUCCUCGAAUAGAUUGAGUGGAGCCAUUCCAUUAAGUUUCUCAAACAUGUCUAGCUUGAAGUACUUGAAUUUGUCGAGAAAUAAUCUCGAAGGUGCGAUUCCGAAUGCCUUAGGUUCUCGGUUCAACGAUGCUUCUGUAUUUUCAAUGAAUGCAAAACUUUGUGGUAAGCCAUUAAGAGAAUGUGCAAGUGUAAGGAAAAAAAAGCAGAGGAAGCUGAUUCAACUGAUUACUAUGAUUGUUUGCGGAGCUUGCGUUUUUGCUGUGUUUUGUUGUGGAUAUGUUUACAGCCUUAUACGGUGGUGGCAGAAGCUGAGAGGAUGGGCAACCGGGGAGAAGAAGAGGAGUCCGGCUCGUGCAAGUUCAGGAGCUGACUGGAGUCAUGGAAGUAGUGAAAAUGGAGGUCCAAAACUAGUCAUGUUCAAUAACAAGAUAACGCUAGCGGAGACACUCGAAGCGACAAGGCAAUUUGAUGAGAAAAAUGUCUUGAAUCGGGGAAGAUAUGGACUUGUUUUCAAGGCAACGUUUCAAGAUGGAAUGGUCCUAUCUAUCUGUCGUCUCGUUGAUGGAUCGAUGGAAGAAGCUACCUUUAGAAAAGAAGCCGAAUUGUUGGGGAAGGUAAAGCAUCGGAACAUAACAGUCCUAAGAGGUUACUAUGCUGGACCACCGGAUUUAAGACUCCUUGUUUAUGAUUACAUGCCUAAUGGAAACCUAGCAACCCUCCUCCAAGAAGCAUCUCACCAAGAGGGGCAUAUGGUCAAUUGGCCAAUGCUUCAUCUCAUUGCACUUGGCAUUGCUCGUGGCCUGGCAUUUUUGCACUCUUUAUCAAUUGUUCACGGUGAUGUCAAACCCCAAAACGUCCUGUUUGAUGCCGAUUUUGAAGCUCAUUUAUCGGAAUUCAGACUCGAGAAACUCAUAAUAGCAACCCAAGCUGAAGCGUCAUCGUCUUCAACCCCAGUUGGAAGUGCAGGGUAUGUAGCACCGGAAGCUGUUUUAACAGGUGAAGUCACAAGAGAAGCCGAUGUGUACAGCUUUGGGAUCGUAAUGUUGGAAAUUCUGACGGGAAGAAAACCGGUGAUGUUUAGCCAAGAUGAAGAAGACAUAGUGAAAUGGGUGAAAAAACAAUUGGAGAAGGGGGAAAUCUCGGAGUUGAUAAAGCCAGGGCUGCUUGAGUUAGACCCAGAAUCAUCAGAGUGGGAAGAGUUCUUGUUAGGGGUGAAAGUGGGUCUGCUUUGCACAGCACCUGAGGCAGUUGAUAGGCCAGCCAUGGCGGACAUCGUCUUCAUGUUGGAAGGUUGUAGAGUUGGACCAGAAAUUCCAUCUUCCGCUGAUCCAACAACCUCUCUACCCUCCCCAGUUUGAUA